CCUCAGAGCAAUGUUUUCCCUUCUACAGGACGGUACCAUGUGACGCCAUGCGCGGCCUGCUGUUGGCAUGGUGUGCGCUUCUGGUGGGUGGGGCCCGGCCCAGCAUGCAGGCCAACUCCCUCAACGCGGACACAAGGCCUAACGCAUUCAGAUGCCCCAACAACGAGCUCGCCAGGACCGCACUGCAGAAGCUGGGCCUGGAGUCGGACAAGCUGCCCGAAGACUUGUGCACGCAUCCCAGCGUGGGGUGCGAGGAUUGCCGCGUGGUGCGUUUGGAGCUGAAGGCCUGGCUGAACGGAACUAUGGAGGCAUUCCAGGCGGUUGACAGCGUCAGCCCGUUCACAGCUCUGCGACGGCUGAGUCUCAAAGGGAGCGCCCUGUCCGGCGACCUCCGGAGCCUUGUGAACCUGACGGCGCUCGAGGUCAUGGAUCUGUCUGGCACCGCAGUCUCCGGCAACAUCACAAGCCUCAGCGGACUCAGAAAACUCAUCUCGCUCCAGCUCAAAAAGACCCAGGUGGAGGGCGACGUGGGCAGCCUGAGCCCGCUCACAGCUCUGCGAUGGCUGACUCUCGCGAAAAGCGGCGUGUCCGGCGAUGUGCAGAGUCUUGCGACGCUGACCGCGCUGGAGG